AUGCCGAGCAAGAGCCGCGGCGUCGGCGCGAAGCGCCAGAAGACCGGAAACGGCGCGGCAAAGAGCUCCGGGGCUGCGACAGUGCCGGCGGCUGACUUGGCGAGCCCGCUCGUGGACGCGACGUUCACGGACACGAAGCGCGCGGAUUUCCGCGAGAAAUACACGUCAGCGCACCCGUACAACCACAUCGUCGUUCCGGACGUGGCCAAGGACAACGUCCUGCGCCAGGUGCGCGAGGAGAUCGUCGGGAACCUGCGCGCGACGUUCAAGGAGACGGACAUCUACAAGAUGUUCCAGACGGGCGACCUGAACAACCUCGACCUGCUCGACAAGGACUCCCUGAGUCAGCUGGGGACGCUCGACGCGCUGCGCAAGGCGCUCUACUCCCCGAAGAUGCGCCGCUGGAUGUCCGAGCUCCUCGACUGCGGCGAGCUCGUCGAGCGCACGGACAUCGCGUGCAACGUGCACGCGCAGGGGUGCCACCUGCUGUGCCACGACGACGUCAUCGGCACCCGCCGCGUGUCUUUUAUUUUAUACCUCACCGACCCGGACGAGCCCUGGUGCGCGGACGACGGCGGCGCGCUCGAGCUGUACGGCCUCGAGGACGGCCGCGUCGGUGUUCCCGAGGUGCACCCGUCGCACAGCGUGCUGCCGAAGUGGAACCACAUGGCGGUGUUCGAGGUGCUGCCCGGGCGGUCGUUCCACUCGAUCGGCGAAGUGCUGACAGAUGGGAAACCAAGACUGGCGAUUCAGGGCUGGUUCCACGCGGCGGAGAAGCCCAAGGGCACGGAGAAGGCCACGCUGGCGCAGCUGACGGCGCGGAGCGCCACGGAGGCCGCGGAGCGCUUCGUGGCGCGCAAGGCGAGGGGGGGGGUCUCCGGCGGGGUGUCGUCGUUCGUGUCGACGCUGACCAAGGCGGAGCGCGCGCUCCUGGAGGAGUUCGUGAACCCGGAGUACCUCCGAGACGACGUGCUCCGUCAGACGCGGGAGAAGUUCGAGGCGGGGGAGGACUCCAUUCAGCUGGGGGGGUUUUUGCGAGCUGACGUGGCAGACGCCAUCGCGGCGGCGGGCGUGGAGGAGGACACCGCGGACGGCCUCGGCAACGGCAAGGCGGCUCCGUACUCCGCGGGCACGGCGCGCGGAUGGAUCGCCACGGGCCCGCCGCACAAGCAGCGGUUCAUGCGGUACGACCCCAGAAAGGCCAAGUGCGAGGGCGCGGGGGCCGGCAAGCUGCUGGACCGGGUGCGCACGAGGCUCAUGGCGUCGGAGGCGUUCAUGAAGCUGGUCGCGUACAUCGCGCGCGGCAGCGUCGUCGGGCACAGGGGGCAGGUCCGGCGGUUCCGCCCCGGCUGCGACUACACGAUCGCGCACUACGGGCAGCUCAUUCCGGAGGGCGACUUCGUGCUCGACGCGACGCUGUGCAUGGUGGAGGACGGCAGCGACGAGGCGCGGUAUGCCUGGGGCAGCGACAACGUGGGGGGGUUCGAGUGUUACACCCCCGCGGAGGAGGGCGAGGACACCGCGGAGGCCGCAGAGGCGUACGGCGCGAAGAAGGGCAAGGGCGGGGACGACGGUUCGGACGACGAGGACGGCGCCGCGCUGCUCUCCGUGUCCGCGGCGCGCAACUCCCUCAACCUGGUCCUGCGCGGGGGCGGCGUCAUGAGGUUCGUCAAGUUCGUCAGCACGGCGGCGCCAGGGAGCCGGUGGGACGUGGCGAUGGAGUACGAGAUGGGCGAGAUGGAGGGCUCGGACGACGAGGCGGACUGA